AGAAGAAUCCCCCACAUCUUUCCGUGCUUCAAAUCGGCGGAGCAACCCCGCCGAUCCAAGGAUUUCCGUUGUUCCGCAUCUUCCCCUCUCCGUUGAUUUCCUAUCCCGACAAAAGAACCUUGAGUAAAGAAAGACGGAUUUUCGGCCGCCCGUGAAGAUCGCAAACCCAUUCCCUCGGUUCGGCUACCAUUUUCGCCGCCAUGGGAGAUAGCGCCGCCAAAUCGCCGGCCAAAUCUCCGACCCCAGGCCGGGGGUCGCCCGCGGCAUCGCCACCUGCGGCCGCAAGCCCGAAUACCGCAGCGAGUCCUCCAGCGCCGCCCGCUAACACCGGAGUUCUGGAGGUUGAUGCUAGCUCUGACCGUGAUGAUACCGACUCUGCGUUCGGGCCGGGCGGCGACGUCAGUGAUACGACAUCGCUCGCAUCGUUCAUCUACAAAUACCGGGAGCAGAAUGGCCGCACCUACCAUGCCUACCAGUCAAACGGCGAGUACAAGCCAUACUUCCUCCCAAACGACGACAGAGAAAAUGACCGGCUCGACCUCCAGCACAACCUCCUCAUACUGACGCAGGACAACCAAUUGUUCACCUGCCCGGGUGUGAAGGAACGGCCAGUUUCCCGGGUGCUUGACGCCGGAUGCGGAACCGGCUGCUGGGCCAUAGACUUUGCCGAUGAGUACCCCGAGGCGGCUGUCGUGGGAGUUGAUCUCAGCCCCAUCCAACCUGCAUUUGUCCCACCAAAUGUCGAGUUCUUCGUCGACGAUCUUGAGGAGGAAUGGAACUUCGUCCACCCCUUCGACUUCGUCUAUGCGCGCUUCCUGACAGGGUCAAUCAAAGACUGGCCCAAGUUCUUUAGGCAGGCAUAUCAACACCUAAAGCCAGGCGGCUACAUCGAAAUCUGCGACAUCAUCAGCCCGCUGAGCUGCGACGACGGCACGCUGACGGACGAGACGCCCAUGCAGCGGUGGAACACCCUGCUGCUCGAGGCGACGCAGAAGCUGGGCGCGCCGCUGAACAGCGCGCUGGAGUACAAGCGGCAGCUCGUAGAGGCCGGGUACCAGAACGUCGUGCAGGUCGAGUACAAGUGGCCGACAAACACGUGGCCCAAGGACAAGAAGCACAAGGAGAUCGGCGCCUGGAACCUCACCAACAUGACGGCCGCCCUGCAGGCCCUGAGCUUGAUGAUCUUCACUACGGUGCUGGGCUGGUCGGUCGAGGAGGUCGAGCUGCUGCUGAUGGAUGUUCGCAAGGACUUCAAGAACCGUGAUAUACAUGCGUACUGGCCGAUAUGGAUUGUGUAUGGGCAGAAGCCGGAGUAGGGUGAUAAGGAAGAGGGCCCACGGUGGCCGCAGUUCAACCGGGUGCAGUUUGUGGAGUGUUCGGGCAAGGCAGUUAUAAUUCAGUGAAGGGGUUGCUGAGACGACAAAGGGGGGGGAUGCGCUGCCUUCGCAUUGCUGCUCAAUAUUUCGGCGUACAUACAACCUCGCCUUUUCCUCUUAUUCCACGACAUACACUAAAAUGCCGGGAGUUUUCUUGGCGUUGAAUCACAGAUUUGGCGACGCUGGGAGCAUGCAACUCAGGGGCUCAUCAGGUCACGCAGGCACACACACGAUGUCUCGUGACUGAGGG